GGCUAUGGAGUGCCAGGCGGUGCUCGAUCUCUCCCGCCAUAGCCCAUCAAUCACCCUUCCCUUCUUGCGAAGAAGAAGAUGAUCUGCACCAUCCGAGGAGGUCACGGGUUCUACAAUACCCACCAACACUCUUCGCGCGCUCUUAACAUUGCGCGUGGCGGGCCAAAAAUUAUGCUCAUCCCAUCACCAACUUGAGGCGUGCCAGUUGUUGAUGAACCCCCAAUCCACCUUCGAAACAUGGAAGCCAUUGUGGGACCACACGCGCAGAGUGGAAUGUUCUGCGCGGCCGAACGGUUCAGGGGAACCCUUCUCAACGGGAGAGACAACCUGGGUGGGGACAGUGGGUGGCGCUGACAACGUAGAGGAAAGACUGUUUGGGUUGCUGGAGAUUUCGGCGUAUUUGUUUUUACUUUAGGUGGGGGGAGGGGGAGAAAUUCACAGGAUGGAACGAGGUCGGGGCCCCAUUGUGGUAAUCGGCCCGAUAAUUUCUGGCAGGGUCGCGCAUGGCUGCCAUGCUUGUGACAAUUAAUGAACAAGCUAUCCGAUCGUCGGUUGAUCGUAUGAAGGAAAGUACUAAACCGUCUUCAAUCGCGGCUGCGUGCUAUUACUGCAACAUGAUUAUGCUAUUGUUACGUUAGCCGGAGGUGCGUGAUGUGAUCGGUGGGGUGGGGGGAUCUGUAGCUUCCAGAAACGAAGCGGGAAUUUAUUUAUUUAUUAUAUUUUGUUAUUCUAUUUUGGGGGGGAGAUUGUUCAACUCGGCUACGUGAGCGGUAAAGUUUUGGGAUUGAAGAGAUAAUUGUCACGUGAAGUCAUUCGAUCGGGAUUGAUUCCGUCAACGUUGUCAUGUACAGACUAUGGCGAGAAGGAAGAAAGUGGUGAGGACAACAUGAAAGGCGAGUAUUCCAGCAAUUGUGGAUUUUGUGUGCCUGUAAUGCAGCCACGCAAUGAGAGGGCACAGCAACUUGAUGUCGAAUCUGACCAUCUUUUGAUACUUGUUCAUGGAAUUCUUGCCAGUCCCAGCAAUUGGAAAUACGCGGAAGAUGAACUGAAGAGCCGACUCGGCAACAGGUUCUUGAUUCACGCAAGCGCUGUUAACUCUUUUCUGAAUACUCUUGAUGGCAUCGACAACGCUGGCCGACGACUUGCCUCAGAGAUUGAGCAGAUUGUUGAGAAAGUGCCGUCCUUAAAGCGGAUCUCAUUCGUAGCACAUUCUCUUGGGGGACUAUUUGCACGAUAUGCUGUGGCGAUGCUGUACACACCAAAGGAUGAUUUCACUGAAGAUAUGAAUAUAUUAGACGAGCUAGAAAGCAGAGGCGAGGAACACCCCGUGUUUCGACGUCGCCGAGAACCCAAGAUUGCUGGUUUAGAAGCUGUUAAUUUCAUCGCUCUGGCGAGUCCUCAUUUGGGUGUACGUGGUAAUAAACAGCUGCCAAUCCUGCUGGGAGUGCCAGUGCUGGAAAAGCUUGCAGCUCCAAUUGCACCUUUUGUAAUGGGGCGCACAGGAAAGCAGCUCUUCUUGACGGACGGAAAGUCAAGUGACUCUCCUCUGCUCUUGCGCAUGGCCUCAGAUUGCCCAGAUGGUCAAUUCAUAUCUGCCUUGAGGGCCUUCAAGUCAAGAGUGGUCUACGCCAACGUCAGAUAUGAUUAUGUAGUGGGUUGGCGGACAUCCUCUAUAAGGCGAGAGAGCGAGCUUCCAAGACCUCCCAGAGUCUCUAUGGACGGUUACAAGCACGUUGUAAAUGUUGAGUACUGUCCGGCAGUGGCCAGUGAUGCCCCUGCUUUCCAGCAGGAGUCUGCUCAGGGUAAAGCCGCAGCUCAAGUUUCUCCCGACAGCAAGAAAGCUGCCGCGUACCACAAUAGGCUUGAAGAGGAAAUGGUGCGGGGGUUGCAGCGAGUUAGCUGGCGAAAGGUGGACGUGAAUUUUCAUUCAGCAGUGUGGCCUUAUUUGGUGGCCCAUGAUGCUUUAAAUGUUAAGAUAAAGUGGAUGCAUUAUGAAGGAGCAGAAGUCAUUGCGCAUGUGGCCGACACCUUGAAACAACAAGAGCAAACCGUUUUCUUUGAAGCGAGCUUGUAAUCAAGGUUCGAAGGUUAUUAGAAGGUCUUGAUGCUGAAUUUUAAAGAGGAUUCAUUCGACAUUUGGUAAAUUUCUAGUUGCAUUAGUAUGGUAAGCUAGGAUACGUGGCCAUGUAAAAAAACAAUUCUUCAGAUGUUGAUCGUUUUGGGCAACUAGCUUUCUGUUAAGGGAGUCUCGAGAAUGAAAAUUACGCGUGCACAAUGUCGAAUGGAUUUGAAGUUUUCCUAGAUUUUCUUGACAUCGGUUAAGCAUCUUUAAUAGAAUCUUGGUGAGGAUUGCGAGUGGUUCUUAGGGCUAAGUAUUUAGUAAAAGAUUGAAUUACAAAUACCUCAGACUGUCUUUGCUCUGGAGUGAAAAUGUAUUGGGAAGGGUCCCUUCUCUUAUUCCCUA